GCGGUUGUGUGCGGCAGUUUUCUUUGUGAUGGCUUCAAAACAACCACUAUCGGAAGAAAAUAUUACUCGUUUACUGUUAGAAGAGGAUGAUACGAGCAUACCGGAGGAUUCAUGCAGUGAAAAUGAAGAUAAUUUAGAAGAUGAUUAUGUGGAAAGUGAUGCUCAAGACGAAUCGUCAGAUCGCAAAGAUAGCUCACUAAACAUUCCUGAGCCGUCUACAUCGACGUCACAAACACCACUUGAUUUAGGUCAAGAAAAUUCAAGUUCAAAUACUAACAUAUUGACAUUGACACAAAGUAAUAUCCGUGGUAAAAACCGUCAUGUUUGGGCCACCAGCAAAGGACGUUCUACAGGCAGAGCGGCGCCUAUAAAUAUUAUUCGGGUUGCUAGAGGACCAACUCGAGCUGUUAGGGGUAUUGUGGAUCCACUGGUGUUGUUCAGCCAGUUCUUUACAGAUGAGAUAGUGGACAUCAUAGUGAAGUGGACGAAUGAAGAAAUUGGUGUCAAAAAAGAAAACUAUGACUAAUUAUCUUCCACGCAGAAUAAUACGUGUAACGAAGAAAUCAAAGCCCUUAUCGGCAUUCUAGUUUUGACUGCAGCUCUCAAAGACAAUCAUUUAUCCCUCGAAGAACUCUUCAACACUGAGUAUUCUGGUACAAGAUACGUCUCAUGUAUGAGUAAAGAACGAUUUGCUUUUCUUUUGCGAUGUCUUCGAUUUGACGACAAAACGUUUCGAUUACAACGACAGAAAGAUGAUCCUUUUACACCAAUAAGAGAGAUAUGGGAAAUGCUCAUAACUAAGUGUCGAGAUAACUAUGAGGCUGGAAGCAACGUCACAAUUGAUGAGCAACUGUUGGCAUUUCGUGGGAGAUGUAAAUUCAGAAUGUAUAUUCCGAACAAGCCUGCAAAGUAUGGCCUCAAAUUAGAAAUGCUUUGUGAUAGUGGCACUAAAUAUAUGAUCGACUGUGCUCCAUAUCUUGGAAAAGGCACUGAUACUGGAGGUUUG